CUGGGCUCCACAUACUGAGAACAACUUCUACACUGGUGUCAGAAAAAGAUCUCUGAGGAGAUGGAAGUUUCUUCGCAGCUUGGGAACAGCAGCAAUGACUCUGGAUUUUGUCUGGGGGAGACUCAGCACUUGUCCAUCACUGUCCACCUGUGCCUUGUCUUCUUCCUGGGCUUCCUCCUCAAUACCUUCAGCCUGUGGGUCUUCUGCUGCCGGCUUGCCAGUUGGACCUCUGGAACCACACUGCAGUUCCACCUGGCCCUCAGCGACGCCAUAGCCACCCCAGUCACUCCCAUGAUGGCGGUGUACUUUGCCAUGGGCAAUGACUGGCCCUUUGGUCGGUUCCUGUGCCAAGUUAAGAUCGCUCUGCUCAGCUCGCACUUCUAUGGCAGCACCAUCUUCCUCACUCUCAUCAGCAUCCACCGGUAUACAGCCGUGGUGCACUUCAACAAAAGCUCCUGCAUGAAACGGAAGGAGUUUAUCAGGAAGCUGUGUGCAGGAGUUUGGUCUGUGCUCCUGAUCCAGGCUCUGAUCUACGCUUUUAUGCUUCCUCCAAGCAAAGAGGGCAGCAACAGUCAAUGCCUCUCCAUCCAUCAGAGGAACCUGACCGAUGUCUACUUUGUCAUUAACUUCAUCUUGUUCAUCCUCGGGUUUCUAUUUCCUUUCCUUGUGUCCGCUAUUUGCUACGGCCGUCUGGCGAACACCCUAACUCACCUCAACAUCAGCACGGCUAAAGGUCUGAAAGUCAAGGUGAAAUCUCAGAGGAUGAUCGGCAUGUGCCUGGUGAUUUUCGGACUGUGCUUCCUGCCCAUGAACAUAAUACGAACUGUGGCAGUGGUACUAAAAAAAUACUACCCGCAUGAAUGCCAUGUUCUUCAGCAGAUCGAAACAGCAUAUUACACAUCCUGGAUUUUAGCAGGAGUAAACAGCUGCCUGGAUCCCCUGCUGUACUGUUUUGGUUCGCAAAAUUUUCGAGAUGCAUUCCAGUCUCUUAGGAUUGGAAAGGGAAACAGUCCAAACAGAAGUGAUUCAGAAAUUACUGCAAAUCCGUAGCAUGGAGUCUGACUAAUAUUUGAAGCCCAUAAUUCUUUGUUGGUGGAAAGACCAUGUUCUGAUGAAGUGACAGUGAACUCUUCAUGAAAGACUAUACCAACUAAUUCCUGAGCUGUUAACAUUACAGGCCACAGGACUUUGAUUUCCCUGCAGGUUUUAGAGACUAAUACCCUCAAUUUGAUGAGCUCAUAGUCAUGGCGCAUAGUCCUUUAAGGUCUCACAGAGAAAAAUUAUAUUUUUAACAAAGUUGUUUUUUUUUUUUUUUUUUA